GAAGUUGCUGACUUUUGUUCCGUCGCGUAGUAAGCCGAGUUGAACCUGUUUCAUUUGUUUACACGUAUAAACGGGUUAAUAAAAUAGUUAUAAUAAUUUAACUAGUGAAAUUAGUUUGUUAUAAGUGUCUGUAGUUACAAGAAAAAUGAAACAAGAAGAUAAACGCGAUAACUACGAGCCAGAGCACUGCCGUAAAAUUUUCAUCGGCGGCUUGGACUACCGUACCACCGACGACACCUUAAAAUCCCACUUCGAACAAUGGGGCGAACUUGUAGACGUUGUAGUCAUGAAGGAUGCCAAAAAGCGCCCACGUGGCUUUGGCUUCGUCACCUACUCUCAUUCCAGUAUGGUUGAUGAUGCCCAAAACGCCAGACCUCACAGAAUCGAUGGCCGAGUUGUUGAAACCAAGAGGGCUGUGCCAAGACAACAAGCUGACAGGAGCGAAGCCAACGCCACCACAAAAAAACUGUUUGUGGGAGGCAUCCGGGCUGAGAUGGAGGAGAAUGACUUGCAAGAGUACUUCAAAAAGUUCGGGCAGAUCUAUAGCGUCAAUAUUAUAACGGAACGUGAUACUGGAAAGAAACGUGGCUUUGCAUUUGUUGAAUUUGAAGACUAUGACACAGUCGAUAAGAUAGUUUUACAGAAGCACCACGAAGUUUGUGGGAAGCCUAUUGAUGUUAAGAAGGCUGUAUCAAAACAGGACAUGAUGGAACGUCAAGGUGAUCGUCCAUCCCGAGGUGGUGGCGGUGGGCGUGGCAACUCUGGUGGACGUGGUGGCAAUAUGGGAGGCGGUGGUGGUCAAGGAGGCUGGAACGACCGCGGCGGAAACCAAGGUGGCGGCAACUGGGGCGGUAACAGGGGUUAUGAUAAUGAUAAUUGGGGAGAGCCACCAAGUCCAUGGGAGAACAACCCACAAGGAGGCGGUGGAGGUGGAUGGGGAAAUCAACCUCCAAUGAAUAACCAAGGGGGCUACGGUAACCAACAACCUUGGCAACAAGGUCCCAACAAUGGGCCAAACAACAAUAUGGGUGGCAACUACCAACAAGGUUAUGGAGGUGGUCCAGUCCGUAACAACUUCCCUUCAAACCGAGCUCAGCCCUAUGGUAACUCUGGUGGUUACGGGCAAGGUGGCAAUAAUAUGGGCGGAGGUGGUGGUGGAUACCAGAGCUAUGGCGGAGGCAAUCAAGGAGGCGGUGGUGGAUACAGAGGGAACAAUAUGGGAGGCGGCGGUGGAUACCCACAGAGAUCAUAUUAAUGACUAGGUUUCAACAGUUAGGGGUAGAAAAUAGUCGAAACGAAAAUCAGGAGUUAAUUUCUGCCGGUCGUUGGAUUAAUACAUACAUAGGAGUUGAAUGAUUGCAAAACUGACGUAAAAUUUAAUUAUAAUAAUAAUUUAUAAAUAUUAUAUUACUAUAGGAAUUAGAGUAAUUAUAUGUUUUACUUACAAUAUAUAUAUUUAGGUAUUGACAAGUGUUUAGUGUAAGUUCCGUUUUACUUGUAACCGUGUAAGAAGAGAGGUCAUGUUUUUUUUGUAUUUUACAUUGGAUAAGACUAAUUACAUUAUAUAAUAAAACAACUUGACCCGAUAAUAAAAGGCUUCUUAUUAGUUAUGUUAGUUAUAAAAUUAUUUAGGUUUAA